UUUUAGAAUAUUUUGCUCUAAUUCGUUUUUGUCCUCGUCCCCACCAGCCGCCAUGAUUGUAGUUUUCAAGCCCAACAGGGCGGGCGUAACGUUCUGGAGAGGAAAAAGUGAGAGGCGUUCAAGGACCGCGGUAUUUUCAGCAUUUUCGUAAUGCACCCCAUCGCUUGCCGUUCGUUUUACGGGGACGCGAGAGGCAUUAAGGACCACCGCGAUGUGUUUUCUAACGCAGCGGAAGGGUGGUAAAUCCCGGCACUGAAGCUAGUUUGCUAGUUCAGGUCAAGGCCGCCGAGCUAUAGACCCAUCCCCUCUUGUCAGGCAGUGGCGGUUAGAGGAGUGCAGGUUUCCACCCCUCCGCCGACUAGUGUGACAGCAGCACAGUGUGGGGCUAAAUCGGGGAAUGGCUCCCGUCGCUUCGGACAAGAAGGUUUUGAAAGCGCCUGGAUGCUGCAGGCUCGUUAAUAUAACGCUUUAGCGCGCAUUUGUUUGCUUGCUACCUCCACGGGCCACGGCUACUUCCUGGUGCCACAGCGAGAGGCAGUGCUGAGUUGAGGAGACACAAAUCUUGAUAGAUAGCGGAGGGAGCGAGAGCGAGAGAGGGGCCGGAGAUAGCAACGUUUGGCUACAUUAACGGACAUCACAAAGGCCUCCCCUCUCUCUUUUUAUUUAUUUUUAGUUUUUUUCCCCCCCUAAAAUCACACCUUACCCCCCUCCCUUCUUUCUCUCGGCUGCUUCGUCAACUACCAGGCGGAUUGGAUGACGCUCGGCUGCGGCUAAAAGCGGAAUCGUAACGGGGGACGGAUUCCUCCCUUCCCGAGAAGCCUCUCGAGAGAUUCCUUUUUAUUUUUUUAUUUUUUAAUUAUUAUUAUUUUUAACGGACACUCGACCCAUUCCGUCACCAUUUUAAAACCACAUCCCGGGCGUUCUAUUUCCUCUUUGUCGGCGAAGGAAGGGCUUUUUUUCGGGGGCGACGGAAGAUGGGUUGUUUGGGCAACAGCAAGACUGAAGACCAACGCAUCGACGAGAAGGCUCAGCGAGAAGCCAAUAAAAAGAUCGAGAAACAGUUGCAGAAGGAGCGACAAACGUACAAAGCUACACACAGACUCUUAUUACUCGGUGCUGGGGAGUCUGGAAAGAGCACCAUAGUGAAGCAGAUGAGGAUUCUCCACGUCAACGGCUUCAACGCAGAGGAAAAGAAACAGAAAAUCCAAGACAUCCGGAAAAAUGUCAAGGAUGCCAUAGUGACGAUAGUGUCAGCGAUGAGCACUUUAAUACCCCCUGUCCCGCUAGCCAACCCUGAGGACCAAUUCAGGAUCGAAUACAUCAAGAGCAUAGCACCUCUCUCCGACUUUGACUACUCACAGGAGUUCUUUGACCAUGCAAAGAAGCUGUGGGACGAUGAGGGGGUCAAGGCGUGCUUCGAGAGGUCCAACGAGUACCAGCUGAUCGACUGCGCACAAUAUUUCCUGGACAGAAUUGACUCAGUAAGACAGAGCGACUACACGCCAACAGACCAAGACCUGCUACGCUGCCGAGUGUUAACUUCAGGGAUUUUCGAGACGAGGUUCCAAGUAGAUAAAGUUAACUUUCACAUGUUUGAUGUCGGAGGUCAGCGGGACGAGAGGAGAAAAUGGAUCCAGUGCUUUAACGACGUCACGGCUAUCAUCUUCGUGGUGGCCAGCAGCAGCUACAACAUGGUAAUAAGGGAAGACAACAACACCAACCGGCUACGGGAAGCCCUGGACCUCUUCCGCAGUAUUUGGAAUAACAGGUGGUUACGCACCAUCUCUGUCAUCUUGUUCCUCAACAAGCAAGACAUGCUCGCCGAAAAAGUGUUAGCUGGAAAAUCCAAAAUCGAAGACUACUUCCCCGAAUAUGCUCGAUACACCAUACCAAAUGAAGCAACUUCCGAACCCGGCGAGGACCCGAGAGUGACGAGAGCAAAAUUCUUCAUUCGAGACGAGUUUCUUCGGAUCAGCACGGCGAGCGGUGACGGUCGCCACUACUGCUACCCGCACUUCACCUGCGCCGUGGACACGGAGAACAUUCGGCGGGUUUUCAACGACUGCCGGGACAUCAUCCAGAGAAUGCACCUGCGGCAGUACGAACUCUUGUGAUGAGACCUCCCGCCUCCUCCAGAGGACCAUCAAGUACUACUGAAGUGUGUCAAAUCCUCCUCCUCUUUUUCUUUGGCUUUUUUUCGGGGAUUCAUCUGCGACGAGAAGAUUCGAUUGAUUCCUUGGUUGCUUUUUUUAUUUUUGUCAUUCCACUAAGCUUCAGGCUACCUCCGUUUCUUUGCCCCCUCCCCCACCCCCUAUCUUUUUCGGAUACAUGAAGACACCUACAGGACCUCAGUGUUGAGUGUGCGUGCGUAUGCAAGCGAAUGAAGCGAUAAAUGCACUUUGCAUCAGGUUCCUUUUUUCCUCCAAGAUUUGAAUUAUUCUCCCCCAAGAGGAACACACAAUGUAGCAUCAAUGCGAUAUUUAUUAACCCGUCACCACUUUUUUUUUUUUUUUUUUUUUUUUUUUUUAAAGGAGGGGUACAAAGAAACACACAAAAAACGCUUUGCGGACCGAGAGAAAAGAGAGAGACGGGGCGCACGUUGACGAAAAAGUGGGAUUUUCUUCCCCCGAAGGAGCCGCCGCCGCUACGUGCACUUUAGCCCCGCCCCCUCCGCAGACUCGGACCCCGAACCACCACACACGCACACGUAAACACGCAUACCAUCGUUUUAACUGCGGGAAGGGGAGUUCAAAAUGUUUUGUUUUUUUUUUCAGUUUUUUUUCUUGUACACUGUGCAAGGUGGAAUUCUCCUGUACAGACUGUAAAGUGUAAUAUUAUUUUGUACAAGUUCAAUUGAAAAGAAAAAUCUACUUGUAGAUCUUUGUGCCUUGAUUAUGGCUGUACCUGUAAAAAAAAACAAAAAAAAAACAACAAAAAACGACAAAAAACAAAAA